AUGUGGCACAGCUCUGACCUGGAGGAGGACCAGAGUGAGUCUGAGGCACAAGAGGAGGAGGACCAGAGUGAGUCUGAGGCACAAGAGGAGGAGGACCAGAAAAGAGCUGAUGACAGCAGCUCUGACCCUUUAAUCCUCAGGACGCAGCACAGGGACAGGGGUCACAGGGACGGGGUCACAGGGACAGGGGUCACUGGGACAGGGGUCACAGGGACAGGGGUCAAAGGGACAGGGGUCACAGGGACAGGGGUCACAGGGACAGAGCCAGAAAUGUAUUCACCUGAAGAACUAUAA